GUAAAAUAAAAUGACUUCUUGGUUUUAAUUUACAAAUCUUAAUCUGUUCAGCAAUUGGAUUUAGUAAAUCCGGAUUUCGUCGUAAAAGAGAUGGAACAAGAUAAAUUUUUAUGUUUGGUUGGAUUUACCUUAAAUCCAUGCCUAAAUCCUAUUAAAGCCCUAACAAACAGCCCCAAAAGGAGAUGUCUAAUUUGUUUGGGGAAAGUGAUUUUUGUGUGCUGGGGUCUAUUCUGUUUUCUUAUUUUAGGAUAAAUGGACUUUUUUCUUUUCUAUGAGAUUAGAUAAAUUCCAUCUCUGUAAGCAUAAUGCUUUUAAGUGUUUGGUACAACUUAAAGAGUAUUGCUUAAUAACUUUGAAGUACUUCCUUGGUGCUCUAUGGUUAAUGGGGAGGUCGGAGUAGCAAGACUGGAGCAGACAACCAUGAUGGAAAAAUGUAAUAGCAGGUAAAUGAACAGCCCACGGUUGAUAACAGCUCAGUUCAUCCAUGGCGCCAAGUAUCACAUUGGAGAGUCAAAAUAGUUUUGAAGUUGGGCCAAGAUCUAAAAUUGUACAAUUAUUGCACUCCAGUAUGAAAAAAACUCGAGAAAGGGAUGCAUAUCAAUCUUCAAGUGCAGAAGAUAGAGAUAAAGAGGUAAGAGGUGGAGGGAUGGUAAAGCGGAGUUCGAUCCAUUUAGGCUCUAAGGAAAUCAGGACAGCGAUAGAGGUAAGAGGUGGAGGAAAGAAUUCCGAACCUUGCCUUAACUAUGGCGCUUUUCCAUCCUUUGAACUCAUGGAAUCCACCCCUUGGGGUACUUCUCCAUCCAUUGAUAACAUUCGGUUGCUUCCGAAGUCAAAUACGGAAUUUCUCGAGUUGUCAUUUCGAGAUCUUCCAGAGGAGCGCUCUAAGAUCAGCAUUUCAUACUCAGACGUUGCUCCGGCUGGCAGCAGUCCUGAACAGAUCAACAGCAUUUUUAGUGCUAAAAACAAGGUAAUCAAUACAGCGACUUCACCCGUUCACUUGCAUUCUGUUCUUAAAUGGGAAUUUAAUCAUGGUGACUCAUCCUAUCAAUUCUCUGUUAAAGAUCCUGAAUAUGUUCUUUGUGCAAAGACAUGGAAAACUGAAAAUGUGUUUAAUUGGGUUUAUACCUUUCAUUGUUGUAAAGUGAAGAGUAAUAUCAUCAAUCAUGGAAAGAAGAACAGGCAUCUUAGGCCAUCUCUUAUGGUUGGUCAGAUGCAGGUUUCUCGUUAUUUGUGCUCCGAGGUGAGUGAAGACGGUUCAGUCGAUAACUCUGUAGUAACAGAGUUCACCUUGUAUGACAUUGCUCAAGCGAAAAACAGCAUUGUAACAGAAAGAUCUCAUUUUUCAUCAAACUUGAAUCAUUAUUCCGGUGAGCUUAAUUCCGACCCUUCGACUUCUUACCCCUGGGCAUCAGCUGAGUUGCAACCAAACCAUGAAAUUGCUGCCAUUGUUACUCAAUUUCCACUUACUAUGAUAGAAGACUUAAAAAAUAUGCAAGCCAGAGAUCGGACAAGGGUUGCCAUUCGCAGCCAUUCAAGCUCUCCAUAUGUGAAGGCGAUUACACCAAGUGGGAGACACGGGCUUCCUAAAAGGGAGGAACUUGGACCCUCGUCGCUACUAGAUAGAUGGAGAUUUGGUGGAGGAUGUGAUUGUGGUGGUUGGGACAUGGGCUGCCCAAUUGUUGUGUUUGAUAAUGGUGAUAAUGAUAAUGUGAGUUUGAGGGUAGGAACUCAACAACCGACGGUUCUUUUCGUUAAGGGUAAAAAAGAGAAGGUUCCUGCUCUCACCAUUACAGCCACUGGGAAGGGACAGUACGCGGUCGAUUUCCACGCACAGUUAUCAGCAUUACAGGCAUUCUCAAUCUGCAUCUCCAUUCUUCACAGCUCCGAAGCUUCUUCGGCCAUCGGUGAAGACUGUAACGACCAUAAGCUUUGUCCUAAUUCCCUCGAGCUCAUUCUUGAAGAAAAAAUGAGGCAUAUUAUUGAAACUGCAGCAGAGGAGGAAAGAAAAGAGAAAAGGAAAGUUGAGCAAAGCCCUCCUCCGUCUUUCUUCCUUGAUCCCCCGUUUUCUCCAAUGGGGAGAGUGUAGAUUUGUUGGAGAGCUAAGCUUAAAGUGAAUCCAACAAUGGAGAAAACAGCAGGGAGGGUUAGUAUGUAUAACUGCUGCUACAGCAAUGGUGAGGAAAUUAUGUUUUUACAGAUCAAUAAAAUGAGUUGGUGUAGCAUUUUGGAACUUGCUUAACUUGGUGGUAUACAAUUCAUUCUAGGGAGAUUUACAUGCAUACUGCUCAUUUUCUAUGUAUUUA